AUGGCUGAAAGGUCGACGUUUUGGGGGCGCCUUUUAUCUAGCUUUAAUGCAAUUAAUAAUAAUAUAUCCACGACGAACGUAAGGGAUGAAGGAGACCAACCCGGUGAAAAGAAAGAAGAAUGUUGCGAGCCGAAGAACAAUGAACAAAGACUGACCAACGUUGAACAAACAGUUAGAGAAGUUGAGCGAACAACAGAAACGGAACCUCUUCAAGAUGAGAAUGUUGACCUCAAAACGAAAAUGGAAAGUCUUCAAAAUGAAAAUGAAGAUUUGACCACCAAAAUUGAGCAUGUUGAAAAUAAGAAUAACAAUCUAAGUAUUAACGUACGACUCCUAGAAGACAGAAUUGCUGUAGAGAGGAGAAAAGUAAAAAGACUUCAAGAUGAGAACGUUGAUCUUACUACGAAAAUGGAACGCGUCCAAAAUGAGAAUAUUGAUCUGAUCACACAAAUGCGACGCCUGGGUAACGAUAACGAGGAUGCACGCAACGAGAAUAGAAACUUGAAACUAAUUAAUGAACUUAUGCAAGAAGAUAACAAAAGAGUUCAGUUAGCGAACCUAGGUCCGAUGAUGGAGUUGCAACUUAAUGGAUUGGAGUACUUUAAGAAGAUAAAGGAACUGCAAGAAGAGAACAGUAUGCUUAGCAAUGAAAUUGAACAACUCAGACAGGAAAAAUGUUGCAUGGUUCAGCAACAUGAAGAAGAGGAAGGUAAAUUAAAGGAUCAAAUUGAACAGUUGCGUGGAGAUAAGAGGAAAGUGAAGCAAAAAUAUAAGCAACUUCGAGAAGAGAAAUGUCAAAUAAGCGCCCAAAUUGAAAAACUUCGUCGAGAGAAUAAGGAGAAAAACAACGAAAAUCGGCAACUUCGAGAAGAGAAUGCUUCCAAAUAUAGCGAGAUCCAGCAAAAUGAAAGAGACAAGAACGCUAUGAGCAACGAAAUUGAGGAACUCAGGAAAGAAAGAGAAGCAAUGGGCAGUGAUUUGCAAGCACUUCGACAAGAGUGUACCAGCAUGAAAAUAGAAAUUAAACAACUUCAAGAUACCACAAAGUCAAGCUUUAUAACAGAAUGUGGGACAGUGAGAGUUUCUGACGUUGAACUGGGAAGAGGAGGUUAUGCAGCUGUGUACAAAGGAGACUUUCACGGAACGGAGGUGGCCGUAAAAGAAUAUUAUCACGUUAUUAUUUCCCCGCAUAAUAUGAAAAUGCUGGAACGGGAAAUUAAUAUCGCUGCACAAUGUCGACAUCCUAAUUUGUUACAGUUUCUAUGUGCGACUAAAAAUGAACGAAAUAAUUUGUUAAUCGUGACAGAAUUGAUGGAUAUGACAUUACGUUCUUUGCUCGAGCAACGUGGAAAAAAGAAUUCGCGGUUAAAUGAACAGGAAAUUAAAUUAAUUUCCUUGGAUGUCGCACGGGGCCUAAACUACCUUCAUUUGAAGAAACCAAGCCCAUUAAUACACCGUGACAUCAGCAGUGCCAACGUGUUGUUGAGCAUCGAACAUGGCGAAGUGAGACGAGCCAAGAUAUCAGAUUAUGGUUCAGUAAAUUUUAUGGAAGUCUGUGCAACACCGAACCCAGGAGCAACCAUUUACGCCGCACCAGAAGCAAGACACGCUCAGCAUAGCCCAAAGAUUGACGUCUUCUCUUAUGGGCUGCUGGUUUGUGAGAUGUUCAUUUCUAAGCUUCCCAAUAAAGACAUAAUUGGUUUUCAAGUGAAGAGAAUUAAAAAUGAAAGGAUCGAAAGCUUGGUAAAUAUUUGUACAGCCAUGGAUCCACAAAAGAGACCAACAAUGUCGCAAGUAAUUAGUUCAUGGCAAGAGAUAAACUGUCUGGAAAUGGCCUCGUCAAGAAGCAAUUUUUCUAAUGAACAUGGUCGCGGAGUAUCAAUAUGGCGUCGAAUUUCCAGAUUGUUUUCGCCACUGACGUCAGUUGCUUUGAAUCAAAGAGCUCAAUCCACUUCAAAGGAAACUGAGGAAGAAGACAGACAAAAGCUCAAAAGCGAACAAGAAACAAUUAAAGAAGAAGAUCUCAUCGACGUUGCUAUAACAGAUGAAGGGCAGAGUGAGGAGCUUCAUCUGGAUUUAGAAAUAUUUGAAGACGCAAAUGACGAGAUGAAUGAGCCAGAACAGGAAUGGAAACCAGCUGAACCGGAAAUACAGGAGGUGAAGGAUGAGACUAGUGACCAUCGUGUCCGGGAGAAUAUUGAUGUUACAACGAGCAUGCUGUGUUUGAAAGAUCAAGGAAUGCAAAUAAGAAAUAAAACUCGCGAACUUCAAGAGGAGAAUGCCAAGAAGGAUAACAGAAUUUUUCAGCUUGAAGAAGAAAGUAGGACCAAAGAUGUGAAGAUUCAGCAACUUCAAAACGAGCAAGUUAACACGAAGAACGAAAUACUGCAGGUUAAACAAGGGAAUUGCGACAAAAACAAUGAAAUUAAUGAACUGCAGGAAGAAAAAAACUAUCAAUCUAACGUUAUUAAACGACUUCGACAAGAAAUCACACAACUUAAACAAACAAUCAACGGAAACGAAAAUAAGAUUAGGCAAACUCAAAACGAAAACACCAUUAAAAAUAACGAGCUUCUGCAACUUCAUGAAGAAAACAGUAACAAGAAUGAUACCAACGAGCAACUUCGAAGAGAAAACAACCAGAAAAAUGACGACAUUGAAAGACUCCUUGCAGAAAACAAUGACAAAGAUAACGAAAUUGACAAUUUGCGACAACAAAACAAAGAUAAAGAUGAAGAAAUAGGGCAACUUCGCGAGGAAAAGAACAUUACAAAAAACGAAAAUAAACGUCUUUGUCAAGAAAACAGUAUUAAGACUAAUGUAAUUGGAGAACUUGAACAGAAAAUUAACAUAAAAAACAACGAACUUGGGCGGCUUCGUGAAGAACUUAACAACAAAAAUAACGAAUUAGAGCAUCUUCGCCAAGAGAACAAUACCAAAAAUAAUGAAAUUGGACAACUUCGCGAGGAGAAGAAAUUUGAGAUAGAAGAAAUUAAACAACUUCGAGAAGAGAACAAGAACAAAAAAGACGAAAUGGAACAACUCCGUCAAGAAAACAACAACAAAAAUGACGUAAUUAUGCAACUUCGUCAAGGAAAUAACAUUAAUAACAAUCAAAUUAAAAAACAUCAACAGAAAAUCAAGAUCAAAAAUGACGAAAAUGAACAACUUCGACAAGAAAACAACAACAAAAACGACGAAAUUGAGCGACUUCGUGAAGAAAACAACAACAAAAAUGACGAAAAUGAACAACUUCGACAAGAAAACAACAACAAAAAUGACGAAAUUGAGCAACUUCGUCAAGAAAUUACCGACAUGAAUAGCGAAAUUCAGCAACUACAGCAGGAACAUCAACAACCUCAGGAAAAUACUACGUCUACUUUCAUGACAGAAUAUGGAACGGUAAAAAUUUCAAAUGACGAUCUGCUUGGGAAAGGUGCUUGGGGAGCAGUUUACAAGGGAGACUUCUAUGGUACGACAGUAGCAGUGAAAAAAUUUCACGAAAUAAUCAUCUCAGAUUAUAACAAGCAUAUUCUUCAACGUGAAAUAGAUAUUGCUUCGCAGUGCCGCCAUCCGAAUUUACUACAGUUUAUAUGCGCGACAAAAAACGCUCAAGAUCAACUCUUAAUCGUAACAGAACUGAUGGACACCGCUCUACGUACGUUACUUGAGCAACGAGUCAGAAAAAAGUCUAAUUUUGAGUACCAGGAGAUCAAAAUUGUUUCCAAACACGUUGCCCUUGGACUCAAUUAUCUUCACUCGCAAAAGCCAAGCCCAAUCAUCCAUCGUGAUGUGAGUAGUGCUAACGUGUUGCUAACGGUUGAAAACGGUGCAGUAAGACGAGCAAAAAUGUCCGAUUUUGGGUCAGCCAAUUUCAUGCAAGUUUGCAACACACCGAAUCCAGGAGCGGCCCUUUACUCCGCACCAGAAGCCAGGGGAGCACACCAUGACCCCAAGAUCGACGUUUUUAGCUACGGAAUACUGGUGUGUGAGAUGUGCAUUUGUGAGCUGCCAAAUCAAGCGAAGAGAAAAGAACAAUUUGGAAGAAUUUCAAAUGCUAAUAUCAAAGCUUUAGUUGAAGCUUGUACGAGGAGAGAUUCUAAAACAAGACCGGCAAUGGAGGAUGCAAUUGACUUUUGGCGGUGUGUGUAGUGCAAAAAUUGUACUGAGAUAUGUUAUACGGAGUUAAUAAA